AUGUCUUAUGAUCCUAAAUUAAAAUUUAUAAAAAAUUAUGAUUGGAUUUUCUGGGUACUUAAUGUUAAUAUGUUUCUUUUAAAAAUUAGAAAUUUAAAGAUGAUAUGGAAAAUAUUGAUUAUAUUAAUUAUUUUAAUAAGCGUACUAUCAUAUACAUUUUUUGUUUCUGUUAUAAGUUAUUUUUUGUUUUAUUGGCAUGUUAUUCCAUAUAUGGAGAUAAGUCAACCAGUAUACUUGCAAUAUGAUAAUAAUAAAACAUGGGCGUCUAUGGAUUUUUCGUCAGAGAAAAGGUUUGUAAAUGGUCAAUUUUACGAUAUUUUUCUUGAACUUCUUAUGCCUUUAUCAGAUAUAAAUAUAUCUAUAGGAAAUUUUAUGGUAAAAAUUGAAUUAUUUUCUAACACAAAAAUGCUUGUUACAUCCUCAAGAUCAGCAAUUCUAAAAUUUUCUUCUUUAUUAUUAAGAAAAUUGAAAGUUUUAAUUAUGUUUCCAAUAUUACUUUUAGGCAUGGCGAAAGAAGAAGAACGGUUGAUCAUACCGCUAAUAGAAGAAUUUAAAUAUCGUAAAGGAUAUGAAACUAUGUUAAAAUCAGUUAAUAUAACACUUUCUUAUGCUGUUCAAGUUUAUUCUUCAAAAUUGGUUUUUGCUGCCAGAUUACAAGGAAUAAGACAUAUAAUUUAUUAUUAUCCAAUAUCUUCAUUUGUUAUCUUUAUAUCUUUGUUUUGGGCAGCAGAGUUAUUAUUUAUUAUUAGCAUUUGUUUAAUCAAAGUAAAAACUCUUCAAAAACUUUUUCAACGACUGUUUUAUGACAAGAAAUUUGAUUUUUCACAAUCACAUGAUUCCUUUUCAAAAAAAAAUAUACAUUUAUCAGAACAAAAGGAUUUUUUAGAAAAUAAGGAUUCUUAUUUAGACAAUUCUUCUACUUUAUCAUCCUAUCCUACUUGUUCUACAAAUAAAACAUUAUCAGAAAAUUCAUUGACAACAUUUUGCGAACCUUUUUCUUUAAAAGAUAAUUUAAAUGAAAAACAUGAAGAAAUCUCUAAAGAUUAA